AUGUCAGCAUCAAUAGCUCAGGAUCUGCAACAGCAGCAGCAACCGCAACCGCAGCUACAGUCCCAGCCAGUAAGCCCACUUGCGACACCAUCACCCUCGCGUCCUCAAAUCUCUCUUCAACAGCCUUCAAAGAAGAGCAAGCCAUCCAAACCAGGGAAACUUUACAAGCAAGUUCGUUCUCUGUUCAGGGCAUUCCCCAUCAUCACCCCAUGCAGGGUGCCUGUUCCUCUACAUGGCAACAAGCCCCAGAACGGCCAUAUACACGGCGGAACCAGAAUGACAGGCACCCUAUAUGGCUACCGGAAGGCACGUGUUAACCUAGCCAUCCAGGAAAACCCAAGAUGUCUUCCCAUGCUAAUACUUGAGCUAGGGGUCCCAACAGGCAAGCUCCUUCAAGAGAUGGGAACAGGCCUUACGCGAAUAACACUCGAGUGUGAGAAGCAAGCAGUCGAGAAGAAAAAGCUCAUUGAAGAACGUCUCUGGACCAUGUACUGCAAUAAUCGCAAGGUCGGGUAUGGCACCAAAAAGGAGCCAACUGAGGAAGACCUGAAUGUUAUGCAGUUGCUCCAUGCUGUGUCAAUGGGAGCCGGUGUAUUACCUACCGAGAACACAGACAUGCCUGAUGGGGAACUGACAUACAUGAGAGCUCACUUUGAACGAGUGAUUGGGUCCAAAGACUCGGAGACUUUCUACGUGAUGAACCCGGAUGGUAAUAGUGGUCCCGAACUAAGCAUAUUUUUUGUGAGGAUCUGAAUUUUUCAGUGAAAGAUGUCAACCAAAUGGCAAGAGGUACAGGUUCAGAUAAAG